AUAACCCACCUACACUCUCAUGCAGUAGAUAUGUGUGCUCAAAAAAUAUUUAAUCGUUCCACCUUCAUUAGUUAUCUUUAUACCGACGUAUCGAAAGCACACAUAUCCUAAAAUCUUCCGUUGCGCGUUUGCUGGAGGCGCCUUUAUGCGGUGCCAAAAUCAAUAUUUCCUGCACGAAGUCUGUGUCGGAGCAAACACGCAUGGUGUGCGCUCUUUCCGUGGUGUUUCUGACGUGGAUUUUUUGUACUAGAAGAGUGUUGUGAAAUAUUGUUGCAUUUUUGUAUAAGUGAAAAUUAUGGCUGAACUAUAUACUAACGGUUUAAGCAAACCCAAGUGUUCGAUGACGUUUUAUUCCGAGUACGGCGACGGAGAAUCCGAAUCCAGUCUUCUUCCACAAAGGCAAGGCAAUGAAAGUCCCUCGUUUAUCGCUACUUCACAAUUCAAUGGAACGCAGCCUGAACUUCCCAAUGAAUUGUCAGCUCCGUAUGAAGUUCCACAAUUUCCAAUUGAGCAAAUUGAAAAGAAAUUGGCUAUUCAAAGGCAACUGAAUGUAAAGGUUUUAAGUGAUAGACGCAGUCAUUAUGAACCGUCAGUUCCAGGGGAUGAACAGGACCAUAGUACAUUGGAUGAGCACGAAUUGUAUGUUCCACAUUUUCAAAGAGUAUCAAUUUCUGGUGAAGAUACCAGUGGGGUGCCAUUGGAGGAUUUAGAACGGGCGUCGCGACUGAUUGUUCAAGCAUUGCAAAUCAGGAAACGUUAUAUGAAACUUUCGCAUCAAAGCUUCUCUGCUACUGUUGGACGUUUUCUAGAUCCACACAAACCAGACUCGGCUCAUCACGAUGAAAAACAAACUAUAGAAGCUGAAAAUUCUGCGUCUUCGGCGACACCAUCCAGAUCCUCUGCUGAUUUGUGUAUGACUGAAUCGAUGUGCGACGUUGUACUCGAUGAUAUGUUAAAAGAUGGAUGUCAACAAGAACACGGUAUUCACCCCCCAACACAUCACCCUUGGGAAGUUCGAAAUAUCCCUGAUACUGCACACGUCUUUAAAUCUAACUGCGGGAUUUAUGAGGUGUAUGUCAAUGAGGAGGCUCUAGAAGAGGGAAAGCCUUGCGAUUACCCAUACCCAGAUGUAGCAACAUUUGGAGAAGACAUGAAUGUGAUGUGUAACAUGAUCGCUGAUGGACCACUAAAAUCGUUUUGUUACCGUCGUCUCAGUUACUUGUCGUCAAAGUUUCAACUACACGUACUAUUAAACGAACUGAGAGAACUUGCUUCUCAAAAAGCAGUGCCACAUAGAGAUUUUUACAAUAUACGUAAGGUUGACACACAUAUUCACGCAGCAUCUUGUAUGAACCAGAAGCAUUUGCUUCGUUUUAUUAAGAAGACGCUGAAAAAUCAUGCCGAUGAAAUUGUUACAGUCACUAACGGUAAGACAAUGACGCUGAAAGAGGUUUUUCAGUCCAUGAAUUUAACGACUUACGACUUAACUGUAGAUAUGCUUGACGUCCAUGCAGACAGAAAUACUUUUCAUAGGUUUGACAAAUUUAAUGCAAAAUAUAAUCCGAUUGGUGAGAGUAGACUCAGAGAGGUCUUUUUAAAAUCUGACAAUUACUUAAAAGGCAAAUAUUAUGCUCGCAUUAUUAAGGAAGUUUGUAGUGAUUUAGAAGAAUCUAAGUAUCAAAAUGCUGAACUUAGAUUAAGCAUUUAUGGCAAAAGCAUGGACGAGUGGGACAAACUGGCAAAGUGGGCCAUUGACUGCAACGUUUAUUCAGAUAACGUUCGAUGGCUUAUUCAGAUACCGCGUCUUUUUGAUAUCUUUAAGUUGAACAAACUGCUGCAAAACUUCCAACAAGUUAUUGACAAUAUAUUUUUACCGUUGCUCGAGGUAACAGCUAGACCAUCUUCGCACCCGGAGUUGCAUCGUUUUCUAGAGUAUGUAAUAGGUUUCGAUUCAGUCGACGACGAAAGCAAGCCGGAAAAGAAUCCUUUAUUUGACAAAGACUUACCAAUUCCUGAAAACUGGACUGAUGAUGAAAAUCCUAGCUAUGCUUAUUACUUGUAUUACAUGUACGCAAAUCUAACAGUUUUAAAUCAUCUCAGAGCAGAAAAAGGACUAUCUACGUUUGUGUUAAGACCACACUGUGGUGAAGCCGGUCCGGUCCAGCAUUUAGUUUGUGGAUAUAUGUUAUCUGAAAACAUCUCACAUGGAUUGUUGCUAAGAAAAGUUCCUGUUUUACAGUAUCUCUAUUAUUUGGCGCAGAUUGGAAUAGCAAUGAGUCCAUUAUCGAAUAAUAGUUUAUUCUUAAACUACCAUAGAAAUCCAUUGCCGGAAUAUUUGUCUCGAGGUUUGGCGGUUUCGCUUUCAACUGAUGAUCCUUUGCAAUUCCAUUUUACAAAAGAACCUUUGAUGGAAGAAUAUAGUAUUGCUGCUCAAGUUUGGAAAUUAUCCAGUUGUGAUAUGUGCGAAUUGGCAAGAAAUAGCGUUCUGAUGUCUGGUUUUCCGCAUAAGAUUAAGCAGUACUGGUUAGGACCAAAUUACACUAAAGAAGGAGUAGCUGGAAAUGAUAUUGCUCGCACAAACGUGCCAGAUAUUAGGGUUGCAUUUAGGUAUGAAACUUUGAUUGAUGAACUGUCGAAUAUCUUCAAGGCGUCUCCAGAGAAGAAAAGUUCGUAAACAGCUUUUUAUUUUCCGACGUUUCUACAAUUCUAAAGAAUAAUUUAACACAGCUGAAGAGUUCCAUGCAAAAUAUCUGUGAUAAUAAUUUAGUAACCAACGACGAAAUUUUUUUAUGCCGUUUUUUAGUAAUCGGUGGAAGCUUUUAUCAUAGUUGCAAAUAACUUUUCUGCAAUAGUCCAGUACCUUAAAAAUAGACAAUGGAGAAUUUUUGCAAUUUAGGUCUUCUUUGCAUAUAGAUUCCAUUAGUGAAUAUCGAAUGAAACCAACCCCAAACGGCAUUCGAUCAUAAUGAAAUUAUAUUUUUUCAUGGUUCUCUUCAAACGAUAAUUUAUGGUUAAGUUUUUAAAUUUUAUAAAUUAUUUUUUAUAUAUAGGCAUGUAAUAAUUAUACAACUUAAGCGUAUAUAUUUUAUAAUGUAAUGUUUCAUGUAAGUAGAAAACACCUCCAAUAAAUUUGAAGUUGUGAUGAUGUCGCCUUACAAUCUGAACUGAAACUAUAUGUUAUUUGAUUCUUUAUUAUAGUGGUAUGUUGGUUUGUUGUACUGUUAUAUGUAAAAUGUUUUUUAUCAUUUUUAUUGCAAUUUGUUAAAAAAAAGAAAAUGUACAAUUUUUUGUCAUGUUGUCAAAUAUUAUAGUAUGAUGUAACUAACCAGCGGGUCUGUUCACAUUGUAUGUUACUAUGUUUCUAUUAAUUUAAUAUACUAUAUGUCUAAU